AUGUCUGAGUCAACAAGCCUGGUCGUCAAUCUCCUUCCAAAGAAUAUCAGACAGAGUUCAGCUAUUGGCGCAGAAAUCCAGCUGGCUCCGGGAAUGCCAAUUCUGAACGUCGAAGAACUGACCAGAAAGGACGAGGAUACUCUACGACAGGCCUUGCUUAAGAACCAGGUUGUGAUCAUUAAGCAAAAGGGAAUCGAUCCUACAGUCCUUCCCAAGCUUGCCAAGAUAUUUGAUUCGAAUGCGACCGAUAUUCAUUCUGCGGGUGAGAACGCCGUGAGCAACCCAAGGAAUAUUCUAUCUGCAUACAAAACAGGCAGAAUACCUAGAGCCCCGCAGGUUGGAAUUGUUGGUUCUGGAAGGUUCCAGGAUUACGAGGGUAUCAAAGAGCUCGAAGUUGUGCAUUUGGUCGGUUUCUCCGGCUGGUGGCAUAUGGACACCCCAUUCUAUGAGAGAUUGCCGGGCGAAGUGACCAUCCUCCAUUCCAUUCGCAUGCCCAAUAUGCCCGACCAAAAGAUCAAAUUUCCGGAUGGAGAAGAAAAGCAGAUUGCUGCUGGUGCGACAGCAUUUUUCUCCGGCGCUCGUGCUUUCGAGAUUCUCACUCCCGAGGAACAGGAAUUUGCUCUCAAUACGACGGUCACAUAUGCUCCCCAGGCCUACGAGUAUAUCAGACAAUGCAAGGCUUCUGAAGAUGGCUUGACUAUUCCAAGAUUUGGUCGCGAAGUUCCAGUUGAGAAACGGUCGGACUGGGCCUGGGACAAAGUUGCAGAGCAUCCCAUGGUUUGGCGAAACCCCCUCAACCCAGAUAGACCUUUCCUCCAAUUUCACGGUUGCUGUGUCUACAAACUUACCACACGGGACCCACAUACUGGGGCUAUCACUGUCCUGGACAAUGUCGAGGAAGUGAGAAAGGUGGUCUAUAACAUGCAGAGGAAGAUUUAUACGGCAAGAAAUAUCUACGCGCACCGCUGGGAAGAGGGCGGCCUGGUCGUCUUCCACAAUCGUGGAGUCAUGCACAGCAUUACUGGCCAGCUUUUGAAGCAUAAGGAGGACGAUGACAAAAGGCGAUUGCUGUGGCAGUGUACAAUGACCAGCACCAAGCCCCCCAAGCCCUUUCGCGACUACGAGGGUGUGAACGAUAGUGGCUACGCUAGAGUUUGA